AUGAAACUUGAGGUGAAAGAAUCCCGGCAAGUUAGCACGAAAGUCUCUCUGGGAGUACUGAAAGAGCGACUGGCAAAACAAACGCAGCAGAGACCAAGUCCAGAGAAGAUGCAGAAACGCUUGAGCAGUAGCCAUCAUCUGCUUCGUGGUGCUCAUGAUCGUCACUCCCCGCCAUCCCUCAAUCUCAAAAAUACCACGAUUUCGCUGACCAGCGUGAAAGCAGAGGUUUCCGCCACUAAAAUCGAUUCAGAGAACCCUACUCCCGAUUUCCUUUGCCGAACCACGAUCUGGGAAACCUUUUCAAACGUGUAA